AUGAGGCCGUCUCCCUCGUCAGGUUCCCCGUGGAUCCAGGUCACCAGAAAAGACUUCGAUGACCCGUUCGAUCAGCGCUAUCCGAGUGGUCCUUACAUGGAUUUCAUCGUUAAGUCCAACACCGCAACGGAGAAAAGCUUUGGCUUGUUAGUUAUCACAUUCUACGAGCUUGAGCCGAUCUACGCUGACCACUUUCGCAAUGAUUGCAAGCCUCCUACAUCAUGGAGCAUCGGCCCGCUCUGUCUCACAAAACUACCGAAAAACCUAAAUCUAGGUUUUGAGAAAAAGAAAAAACCAUGGAUGGAAUGGCUCGACCGUCAUAGCCCGGUCCUGUACGUCGCGUUUGGGUCACAGGUUCAAAUCUCGCCAGCUCAGCUCCUGGAAAUAGCCCUGGGGCUGGUAUCCGCGGAGGUGAGCUUCCUAUGGGUUGCGAAAAAGAGCGAGAUGGAUGAGGUCGAGGUGGAGACUGAAAGGGGACUUGUGGUGACGGAAUGGGUCGAUCAAGAGGAGAUUCUCGAGCACCCGAGUGUUCGGGGGUUCCUGAGCCACUGCUGGUGGAACUCGGUGCUGGAUGGAGUAUACUUUGUCCACCUUAUUUAUCUACCCACUUGA